ACUCGAACCGCAAUCAUGGCCGACUAUAUCAAGAAAGAUCCCGCCAUCGAGCGAUGGGUGGAAAUGAAAGAGAAUGUGUAUAAGCACUUCCGCUUCACUCCCCGAACCACCGUUAUCGCUAUUCUGGGCAUCCUCGUAUGGCCAGGAGCUGUAUUCUAUCUCUCUAAACAUCAAGGCGAAAAAUGGAGUUGGCGUGGCAAGCGGAAAGAAUCUCUUACACAGUUCUAUCGCUACCUUACAUCCACCGCCGAUAACUGUACCCAACAGUGCAUGUGCUGGUGCACGCUGCGAGUCAUUCUCUACGGCAAUAUCAAGAUGCUCAAGCUCAUCAUCCCUGAACUCCUUGAUGACCUCCUUGAGAAGGGGAAUGCUCGAAUGUGACGUCGACAUCUCAUCCAGCUCUUUCAAUUGGCUAUCUUCUCUGCAGUGACCGCUCCUAAUCCAUAGCCAGCGACCUUGGCAACUUCCCACAUGAGGGUUGGUCUUACUCGGUGUUGCACUUGAAGUUUGUUCAUCACCUCUAGAUGUUUCUUCUCUUGGUCCCACAUUUCCUACGUGAGCCAUUAGUACGAGGCGGAGAGAGAUUAUGCUAAAAGCAUACUUGAAUCAGCGGUCUAAGUUUGCGAUCACGACCUAGUAUAGCAAGUUGUCCAUUGUAAAUGUAAUUCGCAGCAAUUUCUCCUGCU